CUGCCCCCCGACUGGGAGGAGGUGGCCGACGAAGCGAGUGGAAAGGUCUACUUCUGGAACACUAAAACCGACGAGGUGUCCUGGGACCGCCCCGCGCCUGCGGUGAGCGGCAGUAUCGGCGGCGGCGGCGGCGGCGGCAGUGGCGGUGGCGGUGGCGGCAGCAGUGGAGGCGGCGGCGGCGGCGGCGGCGGCGGCGGCGGCGGCGGCGGCGGCGGCGGCGGCGGUGGCGGCGGCGGUGGCGGCGCGAGUGCGGCGGCGAGUGGCGACGGCAGCGAGGCAGCCGCUUGGCUCCGUGACAACGAGGUCACCCUCUCGCCCGGCUGCCCGCCGCCGCUGCUCACCUUUGCCGCCGCCCGGCUUCCGGCGUCCAUGAUGAGCGAGAUCGAGCGCGCCGGCUUUGCGCGCCCGAGCCCGAUCCAGGCGGCCUCGUGGGCGCCCGCGAUGCAGGGCCGCGAUGUCGUCGGCAUCGCCAAGACGGGCAGCGGCAAGACCCUCGCCUUCCUCGCGCCUGCCUUUGUGCAGAUCCUCGGCGGCGGCCGGCGCAACUCUCCCGACCCAUUCGCGCUGGUGAUGGCGCCGACGCGCGAGCUGGCGACGCAGAUUCAGUCGGAGUGCGAGCGCUUCGGCCGCUCCUCCGGCAUCCGCUCUGUCUGCCUGUACGGCGGCGCGCCCAAGGGAGGGCAACUCGCGGAGCUGCGCGCGCUGCUGAUCAUCUGCACCCCCGGCCGCCUCAACGACUUUCUCGAGUCGGGCCAGGUGCGGCCGAUGCGAGUAGCCGCCACCUGCGAGCAGGCGGACCGGAUGCUCGACAUGGGCUUCGAGCCGCAGAUCCGGACCAUCAUGGCGCGCGUGCCGCGCGGGUACCAGUCGCUCAUGUACACGGCGGCCUGCUCCGCGCGAGGGGCGGCGCCGCAGGCGGCACCCUCCCUGACCCCUAGCCGCGCAGCGCCGCAGGUGAUGAUUGGCGGCGCCGAGGAGAAGCUUACCGCCAACCGCGACGUCGAGCAGCGCAUCAUCACGGUCUCCGAGGGGCGCGAGAAGGACGUGCACCUCAUCUCGCAGAUCAACACGCUGCCCGCCGCCUCGCGCGUACUCAUCUUCUGCUCCACCAAGCGCUCGUGCGACGCGCUGCAGCGCGCCCUCUCGCGCCAGAUCGGCUGCAACGCGAUGCACGGCGACAAGGAGCAGCGGGAGAGAGAGCGGAUGCUCGCCGACUUCCGCUCGGGCCGCGCGCCCAUCCUCGUCGCGACGGACGUCGCCGCGCGCGGCCUCGACAUCAAGGACGUCCGCAUGGUCAUCAACUUCGAGUUCCCGCCGCGAAUCGAGGACUACAUCCACCGCAUCGGCCGCACCGGCCGCGCCGGCUCGAAAGGCAUCGCCGUCUCCUUCAUCACCUCCGCCGACAUCAAGGUUGCGGCGCCGCUCGUCGCCAUCCUCCGGGACGCCGGCCAGAAGGUGCCGGCUGCGCUCGAGAAGAUGGCGGCGCUCGGCGGCGGCGGCGGCGGCGGCGGCGGCAGCAGAGGCCCGCGCAAAGGC